CUUGCCCAUCCAGUUUUGUGAGCUGUUUUGCUGGAUUCAUUGAUUCAUUGCAUCGUAAGCUCCCUCUCCCUGUUGCCAUUCCAGCAGGCUCGAUUUGUCGCGUUGAGUUUUAAGGAUGUGAAUGAAGUAGAUGACAUCUGCCCUGGUGACGGGAUGCAGCGCAUCUGUGCUUGCCAAUGUCACUUUGCUCAUUCACUGCCGACAAGAGAGCACAAUUUGUGAAAUGUGACAUCCGAUGCUCGACCUUUACUCCAAGUACUUUAAAGAAGUGAUCUUUCUGUCGAAAGAUGUUAGCAAAUCACAGAGAGGUGCUGUCACAUGUCCUGGCGCUGGUGAUCCUCACUGGUGCAUUGCAUCCCAAAUGAACAGCACAAAGGCUCUGGGAAUCAUGUAUGUGCAGUUCGAUGUGGUCAUUUUGCCAUGCGGGCUGGCAAGAAUGCCGAAGACGGAAAUGUUGGCAAGCUUCUCCGAUUCGACCAAGACCUAUGCCCCUUUCUGCUACUAUGAAGCAUGCAGGCUUUUUCCGAGAUUGAACUGCGAAUGGGGGCAUUGGCAAGGGAAGACCACCCAGGACCAGGUUGUGAACAUGGUCAAUGACCUGGAAUCUGUGCUAGUGGGCACGGGGGAGCAGACGACACGGCAUGCUCAUGUUUUUGAGAACCUGCGUCAUGGCAUGAUGCACGGCAGCUCAGAUCUAAUCUAUGUCUCACGUGAAGCUUUUGAAGUCUUCACUGUCUGUGCCCGUGUGUUCAAGAAGCAUGAAAUCGUGCACCCAACCAUGCUAACAUUGGUGCCUUUUCUCACUGGAAUGAGCUUCCAAGAUUUGGCAUGCCAUGGAAGCCGGAUGAAGGAAGUCUACAAGGCUGAGUUGCAGUCCAAGGACUUUGUUUGACACCGAGUGAACUAUUCCAAUGGCUCCUCGUUGUGGCUACUCUGUCCGCAUGGCAUGCUCAAUCAGAGUCUUGAGGUGCCCCACAAGGAGCACCAACCUUGUGAGGUGAGUGCACUCGCUGGGGUCUGUGCCGUCAAGCUUGGAUUUUCCAGCGGAAAGUCUGACUAGCCAGCUUGUUGCGGCAGGUAAAGUGCUUGUUAUUUUUUUUCUUCUGAUUUUAUGAAGCUAUUUCAGAUGUUGAAGAAGCGUAGUGUCAAGUUUCACAAGAAUCUGGUGGAACUACAGUGACCUUCCCUCAAAGGACCAAUGAACAGGAGAACCACCAGCUGUAUUCGGUUUGUGGCUGUCAUUCUAGUCAGAAUGAAUUGGUCAAGUCUAAUGACUUGCGGAGUCGAUUUCGACCUGACCAGGUCGACCUUCCGACCUGUCGCUUCU